AGUGUAAUUUGACUUCUAAGCAUCCCAGAAACGAUACAGAAGAGCAUAAAGUCAAACAUGACUUUUAAAAACACCAACAUAGACUUUGAAGCUUAAAAAACUACAUUUUCCGCGAAAGUGACGUCACUUCCGGUUUCGGACAGGUAAUGGCGGACAUGCGAUAGUUGCGCUGACUUAUAUUCCAACUAGGAAGUGUUAUGAACAGCUGAUCGGAUCGGCAAAGCCUGUUUCUGGAAUAUUAUGUUUUUGUUGCUGCAAGUCUGGAAUAUUAUGUUUUUGUUGCUGGAAGUGCUUUUUAUGCAAUUUUUGCAAAGCUAUAUGUGGAAGAAAACCGUGACCUAGGGCAAGCUAAUGGAAUAAGAUUUUCUCACUUUGCUCUGUCUUCCUCUUUCCGUCGCACAUCACGCCUCUUGACUUUGAACACUUCAUCAGCAUGGGCAGAAUCAGCCUGUGUGUGAUACAGUGACUCACAUGCACCCUGGCUGACCACCCACAGAUGCUGCUGCUGCUGUUGUUGUGCUGCGUUGCAGAGAGUGGUUUUUCUUCAGUUUUGCACAUUCUCCCAGAGUCUUUAUGUGUGUGCAUUUGUGUGUCUGAUGCAACUAGCUUGGUAACUAAGGUCUGAUCAGAUCUCAGGUGGUCUGCUUCCUGUUAGUAGGCUAAAUAGGAUUUCCCCAAAAUCAUAUUUUGCGGCCCUGCUCUCCUUUAUGAGCAGGAGCACACUCAGCCACAGUCUGAUGUAAUAUUCGCUUCAUUUACUUUGCCUCUGUAACCUCUUAACAGCGCUGGCAUCAGCACCUUCAGUAUUUAUAGUCUGAACCUUGAGCUGCUGUUCUUUUUGUUAAAGCAUCUUCAUAACAAGACUUUUGCACACCUCCCUUUUUGUUUGUCCUGUAUCUUUCUCUCUGUAUCGCGCUCCUGUCCUGCUUUCACAAAUUUCAUUUCCUCCUUUACACUCUCUCUCUCUCUCUCGCUCUCUUUUACCUUCAUCAUUUCUCUAAUUCCCCCCCACCGGCUCUCCCUCCUUCCCUUUCUCUGUCUCUCCUGCAGAACCAGACUGGGCGUCGCUGACUUUGGGUGUGUUUGUUUGCCAGGCCUGCUCACUCCUUCACCGGAGCAUCCCACACAUCAGCCGGGUCAAGUCUGUCCAGGACACAUGGGAUGCCAGUGAGGUGGAGUUAAUGGCUGCAAUGGGAAACAGUGCAGCCAAGGCCAAAUAUGAGCAGAAGGUUCCGGCUUUCUACUAUAGACCAACACACACUGACUGCAAACUGCUGAGAGAGCAGUGGAUCAGAGCCAAGUACGAAAGGAACGAGUUUGAAUUUAUCGAGAAGCAAGAGCCAUACUCUGCAGGGUACCGAGAGGGGUUUCUAUGGAAACGAGGAAGAGACAACGGUCAGUUUCUCAGCAGAAAGUUCGUCCUGUCAGAGAGGGAGGGAGCGCUGAAAUACUUCAACAAGCAGGAUGCCAGAGAUCCCAAGGCAAUAAUGAAAAUAGAAACCCUCAAUGCCACCUUCCAGCCUGCCAAGAUUGGCAACCCCUGCGGACUGCAGAUCACCUACCUGAAAGACAACAGCACAAGGAACAUCUUUGUUUACCACAGCGAUGCCAAGGAGAUGGUCGACUGGUUCAAUGCUAUCAGAGCGGCCAGGUUCCACUACCUGCAGGUUGCCUUCCCAGGAGCAAGUGACGAAGAGCUGGUGCCCAAACUGACCCGAAACUUUAUGAAGGAAGGCUUUAUGGAGAAAACGGGUCCAAAGCACACUGAGGGCUUCAAGAAGAGGUGGUUUACGAUGGAUGACAGGCGGCUCAUGUAUUUCAAAGACCCUCUGGAUGCCUACGCCCGCGGGGAGGUGUUCAUCGGCAGCAAGGAGAACAGCUACACUGUCCUAGCUGGCUUGCCUCCGUCCACACAGGGCUACCACUGGAACCACGGCAUCACCAUCGUCACGCCAGACAGGAAGUUCCUCUUUGCCUGUGAGACCGAGGCCGAGCAACAGGACUGGAUAGCUGCUUUCCAGAGGGUCAUAAAUCGACCAAUGAGGCCACAGGAGUACGCAGUGGAGGCCCAUUUCAAACACAAGCCUUGAAGUCUGCUGGAAACCGAGCGCUCAACUGGACCAGCCCGGUCUCAUUCAGAUCAGAGACGGCCCCAGCGUGCGACCACUGACCAUGGCUAGAAGAGGCGGGGUGGGUCUUAUGGGUCACGAGAGGUUUUAGGGAUGGGCCAAGAUGGGAAAACACGAAGAAAGGAAAGGAAACACCGACAGGACUCCAGUCUGUCUCGUGUAGGAAGCAUAAAACUCUAACGGGACUCGAGGCCCCUCAUGGGGUGAUCCAAGGCCAAAGGGUAGAUGAUGUCAUCACUAUUGCGCCUACCAACCUUGUGUUGUACAUUAUCACAUCAGAAACCCUUUCCUCUCCUCUCCUCAGCCAUGUGGACCCUUCCCCUUGCAACAAGCUCCUCCUCCCCCUUCCCACCCAGAAUCUUUUGUCUUGUGAAUGGUUCAUUCUGUCUGUAAUCUAAUGUAAUUAUGUAAUCUAGAGUCAUUUCACUGGUUGCUUAACAAAGACAAUGCAUUGUUAAUUUAUUGAAUGUACAGUUUUGAUGACAGUGGCUUAUUCUGUGUGCGUGCGACGUUUUUCAUUGAGGACACUGUGAGGUUGAACCUCCCGCACUAAAACCCUGAUAAACCUGAAAUCUGCAAAGUGCUGUUAACAACAAAUAUGCAUAUGAAACACACAAACAUACACACAACAAUCUCUCAGUGAGCACCUCUGCUGUUUCAGCAGCAUGAGGUGGCAUAUCUGCACCCAGGCAGGGUUACCUUUCAAACCUCAAUCUGACAGAUGUUCUCUUAUUUAUUUGUACUGUUGAACAUACUGAGUCAUCGUAGACGGUUAUCGCUGCUUUCCAGGAUUGUAAUGUGACAGGAUUGUAAUUUAUAUGACACUUCUACAGACGUUUCAUUUACUCUUUGCAUCUUGUUUUAAAGACACAUGGUUGUGUUGAUCCUUAAA